AUGUCUGGAAGAGGGAAGGGAGGUAAAGGCCUGGGAAAGGGCGGAGCGAAGCGGCACCGCAAAGUGCUCCGUGAUAACAUCCAGGGCAUCACGAAACCAGCCAUCCGGCGCCUGGCUCGCCGUGGCGGGGUCAAGCGCAUCUCGGGCUUGAUCUACGAGGAGACCCGCGGGGUGCUGAAGGUUUUCCUGGAGAAUGUGAUCAGGGAUGCGGUGACCUACACUGAGCACGCCAAGCGCAAGACGGUGACUGCCAUGGAUGUGGUGUACGCUCUGAAACGCCAGGGCCGCACUCUGUAUGGAUUCGGCGGCUGAGCAAAUCGUCCCUUUUCCAGCGAAC